AAAAUAAAACUGUCAACUUCAAUUUUUUCUUCAAAAGCUUCCUCUGUGGGGGAAUUUAUUGUUCCUUGCAAUAUAGAUAGGAAACACCACCAUAGUUUUUGUGUAACUUAAACGUAGAAAAUAUUAUCAAGUUGUUGCACAAAUCAUUAUGGGUACUCUCAUGCUUCUCAAGAAGUUCACCCUCCUCUUUCUCCUCAUUUCUGGAUCACUUUUAUCAACUUCCUUUGCAGGUAGAGUACGAUCCAACUCUAUCAAGAACUUCGCUAAAGAUGUGAAUGCAAUCGAAGAGGGAACACCAAGGAAACCACUGAAUAAGGAAGAAGUAAGAACCAUCCAUGAGAGGCUUCUUAGGGCUAACACAAAAGAUUAUGGACGAUAUGAUCCAUCCCCAUCUCUUUCAAAGCCUCCUUUCAAGCUCAUACCCAAUUAACGUAACGUUCAAUAUGUGAAUCUGGGAAGUUGGUAUUGGCAUAAAGUACCAUAAAUAAUCGGCUGUUUAUCUUAAUCUUGUAAUAUAGUAUGUCAAAUAUAGAAAAAGAAAUACGGGCCAUGUUUGGAACCCUAAUAAGUUAGUAGCAUAAUUAUAUAGAUAUUAGAAGAUGUACGUGUGUUUUACAAAUUACUGCUAGUUCAAGUUUUGUUGUAUGAGUCCAUAUACAUAUAUACUUGGUAUUGUGUUAUGUAGAUAUGAUCCUGAUCAUCAGUGUAAUACUAUGAAUAAAGUAAUUAAUUAAUGAGAUAACGUAUA